CUAUGUAAAAUAUAAAUACAUCUCCUUCUCUGUUCUCACUUUAUAUUUCUUCUCCUCCUAUUUCCAGGCGAAGCGAUUUUUGAGGGAUCAAUAUCGGAAUUCAUGUCGGAGAAGGGUCGGCCGUUGCCAAAGUUUGGUGAAUGGGAUGUCAAUGAUCCUGCUUCAGCUGAGGGAUUCACUGUGAUAUUCAACAAGGCAAGGGAUGAGAAGAAGACAGGUGGCAAGCCUGACUCACCAGCAAAGGAUGAUUCCACCUUUAAACAUGGAACAGAUCCUGUCAAGCCUCAGGGUAAAAAAUGGUUUUGCUGUGUCCAACCCGCCUAUGCAGAGUCUUGACAGUUAUCUGGUAAGAGCAAAGUAGAAGAACAAGUUCAUCUAUCUCCGGCUUUUCCCUAUAUUUUCCAAAAUGCUGGAAUUGUAGUUAGAACAAAAAAGCUGCAAGGGAUCCUGCCGGAAAGUGUUUGGUGUGCUAUAGAACUGGGUUGAUGAAAGUGAUGGACUGGGGAAGGGAAAAUGGGAAGUGGACAAAAGCUUUGUUGUAUUUUAUAUAUACUGGUUUGCUGGGCAUUAUUAGAAGUUGAGUUAUGUGCCCUUUCUCCUAUAUUAUUUCUCUUUUGUUAUUGGAGCUGUUGCUUUUCUUAUGUGACAUUUCAUCUUUAUUUGCUGUAUUAUUGAAGUAGCUUUGUUCCUCCUAUAUUGUAUCGGUUCUGGGCAUGCUCGGGCCCUUUUGCUGGUUU